AUGAUAGAAAACAGUGGAAAGAAUAAUAUACUGGAUAUACAGUUGGAAAAAACAUUUGUUCUAAAAGUAAUGCAAACAAAGGAGAUCUCGAUUAAAGAAGAAUGUGCUGCUCUUCAUAAUAUGAUAAAAGGACUACAACAGACCAUUAAAUCUCAACAUGAUUUGAAAAGUGAAAAUGAACAACUAAAAAGAAAUGUUGAUCUUAUGAAAGAAAAUUUAAAAUCUCAUGAACAGGAAUAUAAGAAUACUAUUGCCAAACUUAUGAGUGAAAUGAAAAUCAAAGAGGAGGGACAUAAGAUAGAAAUAAGGAAACUUCGUCAGGAUAUGCGGGAAAAAAUUGAGUCAAAUGAAGAAAAGCAUAAAGACCUGAUAGAGAAAAAGGAGGUAGAAAUUUCAGAGUUAAAUGCAAAGUUAAGAACUCAAGAAAAGGAGAAACAAAGUGAAAUUAUCAAAUUACAGUUAGAGUUUGAUGCCAACCCAGCAAGACUUCAAACUAAGUCAAACUCAUACCCAGACUCUACUGUUUUGCCACAGAGCAUCUACAGAAGGAAGCUUCAACAUCUUCAAGAAGAAAAAAACAAGGAGAUCUCAGUUCUUCGUAAUACCAUUCAUGAUUCAGAGCAACAUCUCUCCCUUGACAAAGAUUCUCAACUUAAACCUACUGGCAAAGGUUCUUACCUUAGGCGUAGACGGUUUUGAGUAGGACAGUAAAUUCAUUAGUCGCUACCUAAUUUCUUUAAAAGCAGUUGAAAAUACACUUCUAUCAUUAAUAUAACAUACUGCCUAAAUAAUAACAAAGAAAAGAGGAGAGCUUCAGACCUUUUAAAUUGAGUUUAUUUAAA